UCAUUCCAGCCAAAGCAGCAGAGAAAGCAGGGCAUAGGGCUCAGGGGGACCCAUUCCCGCCUUAUACCAGCCCUGGACAACUGAUCAAGCUCCCAUAGAAUAUUCACAUUGAAUAUUCUAUGGUGGCUGGGUAGAUACCACCUCACCUCUUGCUCAGGUGAGAGCUGGUAGCUCCUCCCUGUUCAAUGUGCAUCUCAAUGCCUUUUCUCCAAGCAAGUUUUGCAAUAAAAGAGCUGUCACUGUGAACAGGUGGGACGGGAGUGACAGCUCCUUCACUUGCUGCUGUUGCUGCGGCUGGCGCUGGGACAGGAGACAAGACAGGUGAGACCUGCGCCUCCUUCUGUCAGGGAAGGUUCUGAACUAAGCUCCUCUCAGGAGUUGCUACACCUUCUGAUUGAGACAUCGCUCCUCAUUUGCAAACCUUAGUUGUGUCUGGGGGCAGGGCUGCGGUGGAGCUGCCAGGAGCAGAGAGAAAGGUUCCCAACUACUAGCCCUACAUCAGACAUCGGAAACUGGGGACAGAUCAAUCUGGGAGGUGACAGACACCAGGAGGCUCCCUCCUCAAAGGACAUUUAAGAGACAUUUUCUUUCGUUGGUAUAUUUUGCAUGGUUUGGCGUCUAAAGCACAUCUGAGAACAGCAGGUAGCUGACGAGAUCUACCUGCAAGGACCAGAAACAUGCACUGCGCCAUCCAGAAGGCAGAAGUGCUGGAUGGGGCUCAUCUGAUGCAGAUUCUCUGGCAGGAUGGUACGGAGUCCUUCUACCCUGCCGUGUGGCUGCGGGACAACUGCCAGUGCCCCAGCUGCUACCUGGAUUCUGCAAAAGCACGGAAAUUUCUCGUGGAAUCUCUUGAUGUGAACAUUGGUAUUAAAGACUUGUCUUUUGACAGAAAAAGGGUUCUUAUCACAUGGCCAAGCGAACAUUACAGUGAAUUUGAAGCUGAUUGGCUGAAGAAGAGAUGCUUUUCACAGCAGGCCAGAGAAAAACUCCAAAGAGAAUUGUUUUUCCCAGAAUGUCAGUACUGGGGCUCAGAACUCCAGCUACCUACUCUGGAUUUUGAAGACGUUUUAAAAAAUGAUGAACAUGCAUACAAGUGGCUCUCCAGCCUCAAGAGAGUAGGCAUAGUGCGACUCACUGGAGCAUCCAACAAACGAGGAGAAGUUCUCAAACUUGGGAAAAGGGUUGGUUUCCUUUAUCUCACAUUUUACGGACAUACUUGGCAGGUGCAAGACAAAAUCGACGCAAACAAUGUGGCUUACACAACUGGGAAGCUCAGCUUUCACACUGAUUACCCAGCGCUCCAUCACCCACCUGGGGUUCAGCUUCUGCACUGCAUAAAACAAACAGUCACCGGAGGUGAUACAGAAAUUGUAGAUGGAUUUAACAUAUGCCGAAAGCUCAAGGAAAAAAAUCCUCGAGCAUUCCAGAUUUUGUCCUCGACCUUCGUGGACUUCACAGACAUUGGAGUGGAUUACUGCGAUUUCUCUGUGCAAUCCAAACACAAAAUUAUAGAAUUAGAUGAUAAAGGUCAAGUGAUUCGGAUCAACUUCAAUAAUGCAACGAGAGACACGAUAUUCGAUGUGCCUGUUGAAAAAGUUCAGCCCUUUUAUGCUGCUCUGAAGGAGUUUGUUGACCUCAUGAACUGUAAAGAAUCCAAGUUCACUUUUAAGAUGAAUCCAGGUGAUGUGAUUACUUUUGAUAACUGGCGCUUACUGCAUGGCCGCAGUAGCUACGAAGCUGGGACUGAGAUAUCCCGCCAUCUAGAAGGAGCUUACGCCGACUGGGAUGUGGUCAUGUCAAGGCUUCGCAUCUUAAGGCGGAGUGUCCAGAAUAGAAACUGAAUCUCCUGCCUGUAAUUUCAGUUAGAUUCCAAUGAGUGUAUCUGGUAAGAUAUGCUAAGGAUACUUGUCUUCGGGGACCACGAUCCAUGUCAUUUACAUAUUAAUUUCUUUAGCAUUGAACAUGUCACCUUUCUCACGAGAGUUUUCUUUGUAAUCAUCUCCAAUGCCAACUCUUUAGAUGUUUGCAGCCGUGUUCUCUCUUUUCCAAACAGAGCAUCCCUUCUGCUGUAGUGCAUGUAUGAUCUAAAUUCUUUUGCCCAUAAAUGAGAGUCUCCAGAAUGCCUACAAAUAGUGUUGUACCAAAUAAAACCUUUCUUCAAAUAAUGCCUUUUUUAAAGAAAGCCUUUGUUUCAAAUAAAGCUUGUGUUUCAAAUAAAA